AUGGUAACGACGGAGCAUGAAAUCACGGAGACGCCGCCGGCCAACCCGUUUGCGCAUCUCAUCAAGGCGUGUCCAGACCCCCAGUGCAUGCAGCAGGCCUAUGAACGACACAGACGGACCCGCAACAGGGACAAAGCAGCCGAGCUUCGAAGUCGCAAAAUCGCCGUCAAACCAGACCCCAUUCUGUCGGGGCUUCUCAACGGCGAGCCUCCGGAGUUUGAUCCCCGAAAUUGCAUCACAUUGUGGGGGAGACCGACCUCAGACGUGAUUGAAUGUGUCAAGACCGUGCAACAACAGCUCACGGCGGUUACCAAGGCCUUGUGGUGUAUGCCGCCAGAGUGUCUUCAUUUGUCCAUUCUGGAAGUCGCACACUCUGUGACCGAAGACACGGUCCGCGCCCUGCUACAGAACCUCAAGCCCUCCAUCUCCAACCUCAAGAACGUGCCCCAGGACGUGGUGCUGGUCAAGCCUCUAGUUUGCUUCGACAACUCGGCCGUGGCAUUGACUCUCGUGCCGGACGAUCAUUCGGUCUUCACAUACACGCACUAUAGAGCGUGGUUGCACAAGGCAGUGUCCGACACUGGUGUUCAGGUCGAGUCGCGAUACCAGGUUCCUUCAGCCCACAUCACCAUCGGACGGUUUACCGAUAAAGUGAGCGAAGAGACCGUGGACGAGUUUGUCACCGCGAUUGAAGAGAUCAAUGAGCGGCUGGAGGAUAGUGCCCUAGAGUGGCAUGUAGGAGAGGAAAGAGAGGUGGAGGUUAGAUGUGGAAGAAUUUGGUACGGCGGUGGAUGGAAUGAAGUGAGUGGUGAACGAAGCGAACCACUCACGAACGGGAAGGGGGCCGUUAAGGAGUAA